GCGGGCUGAGCCGUGAGGGGUGCGGGGGGCCGGGCGGUCUCCUGUGAAGCGGGAAAAGGGGGAGAGGGGCUGCUGCGGAAGGGCACAGCUAGGACGUGUUAGCAGGUGGGAGCGGGGGCAGGUCUCUGAGGUGAGUGAGCCCCCGGGGCCGGGUGCCAUCUCUUUCCCCUCCCCUGUUCUCCUCAGCGCUGCCUUGGGGAGGGAGGGAGCGAGGGAGCGAGGGAGCGAGGGAGCGGGGCUCGUCUGCCGUUGAGUAGGGGAACCCUGAGGAGAAACUGGGGUCACACGUUAGCAGCAGAGCUCUCCGGCGAGAGUGCAGGAGUCUCCCCCGCAUCCUCCUGCUUUCCCCGUGCUCUUAUUGGCGUUUUAUGAUCCCAGGUUGAACAUUUUGGAAGCCGCAGUGUCAUUUGACGUGUCUUGGCGAGGGAGGAACGCUGGCCGUGUUUUGCCGUCUCUAGUUACGGGUUGGCAGCUGGAGCCGGGGGGGAGCCCUUGAAGUGGUAACUGCAAGCUCAAGGCAGAGUGACAGAGAAAGGUCAGGGCAGGACAGAGGUGGGGUCACUGGUGCAGUGUUUUCCCUCAGCAGGUCUUGGAGCAUCAUCCAAGGUCAUAUUUAUCCCCAUUUUCUAGAAGCCAAGGAAAGGUUGUUACUCUUUCAAGGUCAUACGGUAGGCUAGUGCCUAACAGGUCUCUCAGGUCUGAAUUCAUUUUUAAGUCUGUCAUUCCCUAUAAAGCAAACAACUGGAGAUUGAUUGAUAUAAGAUAGAUGUUGGAGUUGUGCCAGCACUAUAAUUAUUCUGUGACAAGGUGUUAGGAUUAGGGGUAUGGCAGGUUUCUCUGAUGCCAGGAUGCCAGAAAGGCCAGGCGGCUGUGGAGGAGAGAAGUGGAGUUGGGCCAGGCAGUUUAGCCAGCAAUAUGUGAGGGAAAUAAGCAACAUUUGAGGUAAGGCAGUGCAGUGUAUGAGAGAAAGCAUGAUUGCUGUGUUAUUAGUUAUAGCACAGUAAAAUCUCAGGGCUGUCUUCAUUUUUUUUUCCCUUUCUGACUGCACUGUGAAGGGGGGGGGGGGGGGUGAUUCAUUACAGCCUAGAUUUCUUCUGUUUUCUUCCAAUGAUCCAAUGAGAAAAAGACAGCAAAACCAGGCUGUAACAUCUGUGUUUGAAGCAAAGAAAUGAGAUCCAAGAUGAGAGACAAGUCUGAUUUUUGAAGACAAAAAAAGAAGGACUAAUAGGUGGAAGCUUUAGGACUGUAUGUCCAUAGUUUUCAAUUCUCCUGACAGGAGAAAAAUGAAAAAAUAUCUUGCACACCACUUCAUGGCUUUCAUCAGCUUGUUUAUGAAAUUGUACUAUUGUGAUAAAUAUAUUCCUAAUUUACUCAUUUUUUUAAGUAAAUGGAAAUUCCAUAUGGCUAUUGCUUAUAGCACACAAGGUGCCAUAAUUAAUCAAAAGGGGGAAGGAAAGGGAUAUAAAAAGAGGAUGGGGAAAAUGAGGAAUAAAUUUAAGUCCAUCAGGAGUUAGAUUUGAGGGAAAGAGUUGCAAAAGUAGAAAUAAUUGAGAACGUUUUGGAAUUGCAAAGUCAUAAAAGGUGGGAACAAAGGGUACUACAGGUGUUGGAAUGACAAGAACGUUUAUGAGAGCAUGUUUUAUAUUUUUGUAUGCAUGUUUAAUGGAGAAAGGAGUCUGAAAGUAAAAUUAAACAUGAAGAACCAUUACCAUCUAUAGGGCCUAAGAGAAUCAAGUUAAAAAGAUAAACUGAGCAGUGGAUAUAUUUUUCUGAUGUUCUCUGUAAGUAUAAUUUUUAGAUCCUGAGAUUCAAACAAAUUUCAUACUGUAUAGUGUGUACAGUAUCUUUCUCAAGUCUUUCUGCGACCAAUAGAACAAACUAAUACUCUAAAUAUCUGUCUCCUUUAAACUGUAAGCCACUGCUGUAUUACAGUAUCCUGAACCCUUCUCCGUCCCCUGGAGAAAUCCCAUUUUGACAGUCCCACGGGGAAAGCAAUGGUACGUGCCAGCUGCCUUUCUAACACUUUUUGGCGCUGCCAAGUGGCUCAUGUAACAACAGAGUUCUACCUACUUUUCAGCGAGGGCAUUAAUUUAAGCCUUCCUUUUCUGUAUGGGUGCCAGCUUUCAGAGAAGUUGGAUGGGUUUAGUUAUCUCUCAGACUUUUUUACUCCUGUUUCAAAUUGCCUAACAAGUUCAAAAGUUAUCGGGGCAGACUCAUAGACUAAGUUAAAAAUAUAGAAAGUGGUUGCAUUCUGAAAUGAUAUACAACUAUUGUAUGGGUAUUUUAUGAGGUAUUUGAUGCUUACCAGAAAGUGUCCAUCUUAGAACUGUGGAAAGCAACAGGUGGAUGAAAAGAGUUCGGUAUAAAAUGCUCAGCCGCUGCACUGUGCUCAGGAGGAGUAAGGAGGACAUGUAAGCUCAUGCUUCGUUUCUGCGAACCACUGUUUGCCACACAACCAAAAGAGGCAGUGAGCUUUGGUAGCCAUGUUAGGUAAGGGCAGCAAGAUGCCACUUAGGUGGCCAUCCUUCUUCCGGGCAGGAAGUCCAUAAAAAUUUUAUGAUAGCCAUCAUAGCUGAGGGCAGAAACAGCCUGCUCUAGAGCCAUCUUGGAUAAGGGAAAUGGAAGGGAGGUGACUGUCACAUUUGUCCCCUAAAGAGCUAGUGUCUGUUUCAGGAUGAUGAAAUGCAGCAGAGGUAGAGUUUAUGUGCAUACCUGCCAAAUAUCUGGAUUUGGGCUUGAGUGUGUGAAAGCGCAGGAGAGAUUCUUUGGUCUUAAUGACUUCAUGUAAAAUAAGAUAUUUUGCUGAAGGAAGCCUGUUGUGAAUUCUAAGUUAACUGUAACUGACUAGAGAAGAAAAACACUGAGCAUCGUUCUAGGCAACUCAGUGCCAGAUUUCUGAGUAUUGUGCAAUGAUGAUCUAAAAGCUACCAAAAUAUUAAUAUACAUCAGAUUAAGAUUGUCAGUGGAGUGGUGUUGUGAACCAGUUGCUUAGUGGGAGAUCCUGAUUCAAGAGAGAUUUUUACAUUUGGAAUGAAUGAGGCAUGCUGUAUAGCAAAAGCUCAGUUUCUAGUAUAAAAAUUAAGAUGCAAACUGAUAAUGAAAACAGAAUAAACAGGUAAGGAGAAAUUUGGAGAUGCACAGUUUUCUACUGAGUUCUCAUCCCUGAAACUCACUCAUCAGCAAUUUGCUAAUCAGUUUUGCAUUGAUUUUCAGUAAUACAACAAAUUUUAUGUAUAAUUGCACUCUUUUAAGCCAUACCAAAUUUUAAAAUAUGACAGUCUAUAAAGGCAUUUACUGCUACGUAGAGCAAUGUGGAAACGUAUAGCAAAGUUUGAACUGUUAUUUACAUCCUAACAUAUCUUUUGCAAAACAAGCUAGCCUCAGAAGUAGCUUCUGAGACAUUUAGAAACAAGCUGAACUGUCAAAAGUAAGGAACUGUUUCAGAGCAGUAGGUUCAUUUUCCUGGAGCUAUAGAUGUGUCAAUUUGGGUGUUAACGCUACAAAAACGUAGUUCACAGCAAGCACUUUGUGUCCACUAGAGGACUGGGAGGAGGACUAGCUGCAUGGCCUGUCAGACUAUCUCAGACCAGUGUUUGCUGAUCUAUAGUUGCUUUUGAGAUGCAAUGACUGAAAAUGUAAUCAAUUUUUUCUUAAGUAGGAGACGUGAUCUCACGAAAUAAUUUAAACAAGGAGUGGCAAGAUUAUUGUGACGUGGUGAUUCUACAAUUUGUUGAAAUAUUCUGGUUGCAAUUCUUGAUAAAAUUCACAAUAUUCUGUGCAUGCAUGAUAGUGGAUAUCGCUGAACAGUCACAGGAGUAAAUGGUGUAGUUGCAGUGUAUGUUGGGACAGCAACAAUCUCAUUUGAAUUUUUGGAUACCUGUUUGUUUUAGGAGCUGGUGAAUACAUAUAUGUUCUACAAAUGUGUUCUCUAGCAGUGUGUCUCUGUCCAUACUGGUGUAUCAUUAGAAGUAACUGGAGCAAGAUCAUGUCCUCAGAAUGAUGAUCGUUACUGGCAAACAACAACAGGUAAUAUAUCCUCUACAUUCAAAACUCACAGAUAAAGAGAAAACCAAUAUUUGCUAUUUGUCUUUUCCAGAUUCUAAUUCAGGUUGUCUUGGGGACACACAGUUUUGUUUUAGAUUUCGACGGUCUACUGGAAGGAAAGUCUCAUUUUGUUGUUUUCUGGACCAAUUGGAUAGAGAUCUACCAGUUUACUUAAAGAAAGAUCCAGCAUAUUACUACGGCUAUGUAUAUUUCAGACAAGUUCGAGACAAAUCAUUAAAAAGAGGCUAUUUCCAGAAGUCACUGGUCCUCAUCAGCAAGCUACCGUAUGUCCAUCUCUUUCGCACCAUGCUUAAGCAAAUAGCACCAGAAUAUUUUGAAAAAAGUGAAGCUUUCCUGGAAGCAGUUUGUAGCGAUGUUGAUCGUUGGCCACCACCAAUUCCAGGGAAAAUACUGCAUUUGCCUAUUAUGGGUAUUAUAAUGAAGUUGCGGAUUCCAACAUAUCGUGACAAGCCUGGAACAACACCAAUAGUACAGAAUAUGCACCAGGCAGAUGCUCAGAUCUCCAUGGCUUUACCAACUGUUCAUGAAGUAGAUCUUUUCAGGUGUUUCUGUCCAGUGUUCUUUCACAUUCAGAUGCUUUGGGAACUAGUACUGCUAGGAGAACCACUUGUUGUGAUGGCACCAUCACCAUCAGAAUCUUCAGAAACUGUGUUGGCACUUGUUAGUUGUAUUUCACCAUUAAAGUACUGCAGUGAUUUCAGGCCAUAUUUUACCAUACAUGACAGUGAAUUCAAAGAAUAUACAACUCGCACACAAGCCCCACCAUCUGUCAUUCUAGGGGUGACGAAUCCUUUUUUUGCUAAAACACUUCAGCACUGGCCUCACAUUAUCCGAAUUGGAGAUAUUAAACUUCCAGGUGAAGUUCCAAAACAGGUGAAAGUGAAAAAACUGAAGAACCUAAAAACUUUGGACUCCAAACCUGGUGUUUAUACCUCUUACAAGCCAUACUUGAACAAAGAUGAAGAAAUUGUUAAACAGUUACAAAAGGGUGUACAACAGAAACGUCCUACAGAAGCACAGAGUGUGAUUCUUCGGCGGUAUUUUUUGGAAUUGACGGAAAGCUUCAUUAUUCCAUUAGAACGUUAUGUGGCAAGCCUAAUGCCUUUGCAAAAAUGCAUAUCACCAUGGAAGAGUCCUCCACAGCUGAGGCAGUUUAGCCAAGAUGACUUCAUGAAGACACUGGAAAAAGCAGGACCACAGCUCACAUCAGGUUUAAAAGGAGACUGGAUAGGACUUUACAGGCAUUUUUUGAAAUCACCAAACUUCGAUGGUUGGUUUAGAAGCCGGCAGAAAGAAAUGACACAGAAGUUGGAGGCCCUUCAUUUAGAAGCACUCUGUAAUGAGAACUUGGUUUUCUGGAGUCAGAAGCAUACUGAAGUAGAAACGGUGGAUCUUGUCUUAAAGUUAAAGAAUAAACUGUUGCAGGCUGACAGAGAACAUCUUCCUGUGAAAACUGACACGCUGAAAAAGCUGCAGAUGCACAUCAAUGAUAUUAUACUAGCACUUCCAGAUGACUUACAGGACAUCUUGCUCAAAACUGGCACAACGUGAUUUCUACUGGGCUAUUUUUGUGCAGAAAACAAAAGGGCAAAUACAGUUUCACAGAAGACAGUGGCUUACCAAGUUUGGAACACAGCUCUAAAUAGUAUAUUAACACUACAAAUGGACUGUACUAAUAGUAUAGCCCACUAUACUGUUUUCACGGUUUUUUCCACUUAAAUACCAAUGCAACUGAAGGAAUUCCUGUGUCUAAUAAUGUUUGAAAUAAGUGCUCUUAAAGAAAAAUGUGGGCAUAAUGAGACUAUACCACAGUAUAGGACCACAGUGCAGUGCUGGCAUUGCAGAAUGUUUUCCAAUUGGUGCUGCUAUACCCAAUCCUGUUAACUCAGGGGUAAGCAAUAUUGAUCCUGUACUGUCCUGUUGAUGUAGUAUCUGAUUGGGGGUUUUUUUGUGUGGUUUUUUUUUUGGUUUUUUUUUUUUUUAAGUUUUCAUCUAGUGGUAAGUCCAACUGACAUAUUAUGUGACUUGGUCAGAAUACAUUAUAGUUGAGGCAUUUUACUGGUAAAUCAUUGCUUUCAAAACUUUCAGGGACAGUUGAAAUAAUCAGAUAGGUUCUUAACGUUCUUCCUUUCUCCUUCUUACCAUCUUUCCAAAACCAUAUUAAUUUAGCAUCUUUAAAGAAGAGAAGGCAGCUGACAAAUUUCCUGAAGAGAAGUCUCUUCCAUUCAAUGUCAGUUAAUUAGGGUGCUCUUACUCACAUGCCUUAAAGUAAUUGUAUACUAAUUGGUGGUUUUAAACUGCUGACAUUCAGGAUUUAAAGUGUAUCACUAGUGUAAAUGUAAGCAUGCAGUAUUCAUCACAGGAAAUAAACACAGUGUCCUAAUAUGGAUUUUAAAAUUGGUUAUUUCAGUAGAGUUAGCUGAUACACAAUCUGUUUCAGCUGGAGAUCAUACCAGUCAGCUCCUGUUAUAAUUUUUUUUUUUUUUAACUUUAUUUUUUUACUUAUACCAGUAGGGUAUUUGAGGAGUUAAUGGGGCUGGAGGGAGAUGAUGUUGGCUUCUGCUGAAAAAAGCCUAUGGAAAGGUCGAACUGUGGCAAGAAAAGAUUGUAGCAUAAAAUUAUUCUCAGUAUAUGCAUAUAGCAGACAUGCAUAAAGAGUAAUUUCCUCUUGCAUAUUAACCAACAAGAAUGUGAUGUUUAUCUUCUUGAACAAGUUUCAGUGGUAUAUAAGAACUCAGCUGCUCCACAUGCAGUGUUAUAUUUUGACCAGUUUCAAGUAGAAUAAACUUAAUGCUGUAGUGUACACACAGCAUACACUUUUAUAUGACAAGUGGAUCACAGUUAUAAAAUAAACUCUGCUUUUAAGUGCUUGGAUAGAAUUUUUAAAAACUUAGGACAUAAUCCUGCUAUAAGAAUAUGCUUUUGUAUGAUAAAUAUUUCAUAUCAUCUUUCUAAAGAUGUCUUAUUUAGAUAUCAAGUGUCACAACAGUAUUUUUAUGAAAAUAAUGUAUUUUAAUACUGUUAUGGUUUGUAUACAAUUACUCAUGACCAAAAGUUUAAUGUAUCUAUUAUGUUACUUAAACUACACCACUUCAGCAUUAAUUUCUAACUUGCAAAUUUUUUUUGCACACCCCGAUGAAUAGCAUUUCUAAUCUAGAAAUUAGUAAGUGGCCAUUCUUAUACGAAAUUAUCUUAAAUAUUUAACCUGGAGCACUGUGUAGUUUCUCGGAACCAUGUAAACUGGUAACAACUAUGAUAACUAUCACAUGACUGCAAAUAUGUAUUUUUGUAAAAGAAAAUAAAGGGUUUGAUUUUUA